AUGAAACUCGACACGAAGGCCAUGCGCCACCUCGCAGCAGAGGACUGGCGAGUCCUCGCAGCCUGCGAACAAGGCAGCAAAAACCACGAAGUGAUCCCGACCCCCCUAAUCGAAUCCCUCUCCAAGCUUCGCGGCGGCAGCAACCGCGUGCACCGCUCCAUCUCCGCGCUCGCCAAGGCCGGCCUCAUCGCGCGCCUCAAGGAAGCGCGCUACGACGGGUACCGCCUCACCUACGGCGGCCUCGACUACCUAGCCUUGCACUCCUACGCUGGUCGGGGCCAGGUAUACAGCGUCGGCACUCGCGUGGGCGUGGGGAAAGAAAGCGACAUCCUCGUGGUCGCCGACGACAAGGGGACCCAGCGGAUCCUGAAGAUCCACCGGCUCGGCCGCAUCUCCUUCCGCUCCGUGCGCUCCAACCGCGACUACCUACGGCGCCAGAAGCAUGGUCACGGCGGCGGAGGGGGGUGGAUGUACCUGUCUCGCCUCGCGGCCGAGAAGGAGUACGCCUUCAUGCGCGCCCUGCGCGACGAAGGUUUCCCCGUCCCCGAGCCCCUGGGCCAGAGCCGCCACACGGUCCUCAUGCAGUACGUCGACGGCUCCCCGCUGCGCCAAGUGUCCGAGGUCCCCGACCCCGCCGCCCUGUACGCCGACCUCAUAUCCCUGAUCCUGCGCCUCGCCCGCCACGGCCUCAUUCACGGCGACUUCAACGAGUUCAACAUCCUCAUCCAAGAAGAGCGGCCGCAAAAGCCCACGCCCUCCACCAAGGGUAAAGAACCCGAUGUAUCCAAAACCUCAGACGAGGAAGACGAGAAUGUCACCAUAACCCCCAUAGUCAUCGACUUCCCACAGAUGGUCUCCAUGGACCACCAGAACGCCGAGAUGUACUUCGACCGCGACGUCAACUGCGUCAAGCGCUUCUUCGAGCGCCGCUUCCACUUCACCAGCACCCAGCCGGGCCCCUUUUUCAAGGACGCCAAGAAGACCGUCGGCCGAGACGGCGCCAGGCGGCUCGACGCCGCCGUCGAAGCGUCAGGGUUUUCCAAGAAGGCGCUCAAGGAUCUCGAGGCUGCCAUAAGGGAUCAGCAGGCGGAGAGGGCCGAAGGUGGUGGUGGUGCUGGUUCGGAAAGCGAUGACGAUGCGGCGUCUUUCGAUGAGGAUGAUGACGAGGACGAGGAUGAAGACGAAGAUGAUGAUGAAGAUGAGGAUGAGAAUGAAAAUAAAGACACAGACAUUGGCCAAGUAGAGGUUGGUAAGCAAGAAACAGAUACAGCACGGAUAAACAUAGAGAGGCUCACAAUUGGCAAUGAAACAUAA